GAGGUCAUUAGUUUCCUCAAAUGUUUUGAGUUAAAUGAACUUAUCUGGUUUUACAGUGCAAUAUGUAAGUGGAAAAACCUAAUAUAGGUAAGAUAUAGCGGCUCUCGAGAUGCUGUAAUUGGCUACCACUAGCACGGCAUCGUCUUGGAAUAUCAUAACAAUAUAAAUUCUUUUUUCUUAAAUAUCGAGUACUACUCCAGGAAUGUCAUCCCUGUAGUGCUGGAGUAUAACCCAUACUUGUCCUUAAACAGGAUAAAAAUGAAUUCUAUAGCAGGAGGCUUUAAUCAUGUCCUCAGUUCAACCAAGCAGGAGUCAUACUAAUUCCACUUUUUAAAGCAAUUGAAUCAAUUUUAAUCUAAAGUUGGCUGGAGACUCUGAUCACACACAUAACCCUGCUCUAUGUCAUCAUAUUCAUCGUGUACCAGAAUUUCUAUCAAGUAUAGUUGUCUAUAUAGAACCAUUGCUCUGUAUUGUACUUUGUACUGUGUUCUUGGAGUCUUUUUACUUCCUCUUGUUCUGCAAAUUACCCGUAAUAACAUGGUGAACACACAGGAUAAAAUAUUGAGGCCAUGAAAUAAAUAUAUUGAUGUUAUGAGAUAAUAUAUUGAGACCUAUAAGAUAAUAAUAUAGGUCUCAAUAUAUUAUAAAAAUAUUGAAGCCACAAGUCGAUAUCUUGAGGCCACAAAUGAAUAUAUUGUGGCCAUGAGUUAACAUUGAGGCUAUGAGAUAAUAUAUAGAGGCCAAAAAAAAAAAAAAAAAAAGGUAGUGGUCAUGAAAUUCUAUAACUUGAGCCUCCGAUGAAAUAUUUUGCAGGAACAGGUGAAAAAGUCUAUUUGCUUUGAGAAUUGCUUAAGCUGGUGUGGGCUAAUGUUACAUCCUUGUCACAAGGGCAGUGACUCAAGCAUCUAUUUAUGCAUCGUUCCAAGAUAAUAAAGUAUAAGAUUAUUAAUCAUCUCCAUGUGUGCUAUCCUGUGAACACAUCAGUCUAAUUCACUAGGUUUUUCUGUCUCACACAUUUUACUAUGAAUGUGAAUGAGACAUAUCAUAUGAAGCAGGCUGCUGCAUCAUUUAAAGGAGUCUGCCUUUAAAAUCUGUUAACAUUCGACUAUAAUCCAUAUUUAUACUGUUAAUCCGUCCCAGGGCUUAGAUUGGCUUGUACAGUUCCUAUCUGUGGUAUGUUGUAAAUUUACAAAAUGUUUUUUUGGAUUCGCAUGUUUCUGUUUGGUUGAAAAUAACUCUUCUGGCAGCAAGACAAAGCCCCACCUUACGAAAGCUUCCCUUUUAAGCACGGCGUCUUGUUAGAAUACACAGUCUGUUUCACAAUCUUUCUUGGGCUGACGAGAGAUGCUCAUGACAUUCUUCAACAUGACAACUAAGGAUGAUUACAACAGAUCACUGCAUGACUUCUCACCCUGCAAUAAUACCAACGUAUUGGCAUUCAGCCAAACCUUCCUCCCUUCCCUCUACAGCAUCGUAUUCAUUGUAGGGUUAAUUGGCAAUGGCCUGGUGCUGUGUGUCCUGGUCAAGUACCACAAAAGGUCCAACAUGUCAGAUCUGUGUCUCUUCAACCUGGCUAUUUCAGACCUCCUCUUCCUGAUCUCAUUGCCUUUUUGGGCUCACUACGCUGCCAUCUCUGAGUGGACCUUCGGGGGCUUCAUGUGUCAUGCAGUGACAGCGCUCUACAUGCUGGGAUUCUAUGGAAGUAUCUUCUUCAUGAUCCUCAUGACCAUUGACCGCUACACUGUCAUUGUCCACACCUACACCUCCCUCUUCUCCAAGCACCGGUCUGUCAGAGCUAGCAUAGCCCUGGCUUUGUUUAUAUGGGCACUUAGCUUGGGAGCUUCUCUGCCAAACAUCAUUUUCUCUCAAGUGAAGAAUGAAUCACAUGGAUGGACAUGCAAAGAGGAAUAUCCUGAAGGAUCAGCAUGGAAGCCAUUCUCUUACAUUGAGCUGAACAUCCUCGGCUUGAUCAUUCCUCUCUCAGUGAUGGUGUUCUGCUACUCGCGCAUCAUCCCCAUCUUAAUGACGAUGAAAUCUCAGAAGAAACACAAAGCUGUCAGGCUCAUGCUGGUCUUAGUCAUUGUUUUCUUCCUCUUCUGGACGCCCUACAACAUCGUCAUCUUCCUGAAGUUCCUGCAUCACUUGGACUACAUGAGCACCUGUCAGUGGCAUCAGGACCUGAGCAUGGCUAUGCAGUGGGUGGAAACCAUAGCGUUCAGUCACUGCUGCCUCAACCCCAUAAUCUACGCCUUUGUAGGGCAGAAAUUCAGAAAUUUAUUUCUAAAGAUCCUGAAAGAAUGGUUUCCUCUUUGCUUUGGGCAUUGCAUGACAACUGAGUUCUCAGAGAGGAGGACCAUUAGGUUCUCACGCACCUCAGUGAUUUCCAGCUCAAAGUCAAAUUCAAUAUUGUAAGCAUUAUCACGUUUAAUGAACUAUUAAGUUUUAUUAUGUCUCUUUUGUCUGUAUUUCAGUAAAGUAAAGUUACUAAUACUGUUGUUACAUACUGUUUGUUGAUUAUUUUCUGAUAUUGAUAAUGGAAAAUGUCAUGCUGUUUUACUUGUUAAGAGAGAACAAUGAACACUGUAUUAUAUAAUAUAUAAUACAGCACAUAAAAGUGUGCUGUUUUAGGAAAAUAAGGCUCUGGGUCCACUGUGACCCUGACAGGGAUGAUGCACUUC